AUGGCGGAGGUAACACCAGAAAUCACGAUAAAGCACCUCUAUAUCCUCAUAUUGGCCAACAAUACUGAAAUAAAGGAGGAAAUCAAGGCACUAACUCGUGAAAUACAGAAUUUAAAGGAAGAUUACGCAAAACAAUACCACGAACUAGGGGAAGAAAUCACUGCUCUAAAACAAGAGAAUCAAAAACUAAAAGAGAAGGUCAAAUCGGUGGAACGUAAAACUAAAAAAUAUAACUUUUAUGAUCUUAAAAAGGAAAAUAGCAAGUCCGCAGACUUGGAUUAG